GUUUGGUGGCGAGGAGUGGGGCUACGCGCGGAGAGGCCUGACCUGGCAGGACUACCUUGGGUCGGCUGUGCUGGUCGAGCUUUGCUGUUGAGGUCGGGUCUCUUCCACUGGGCCCGGGAAGAUGGUGCUGGGUGGUUGCCCGGUGAGUUACUUACUUCUGUGCGGCCAGGCGGCUUUGCUGCUGGGGAAUCUACUUCUGCUUCACUGUGUCUCUCGGAGCCACUCACAGAACGCUACCGCCGAGCCCGAGCUCACAUCCGCUGGCGCCGCCCACCCAGAGGGCUCCGCCGGCGCUCCGAGCUGGGAAUAUGGCGACCCCCAGUCUCCAGUCAUCCUUUGCUCUUACCUACCUGAUGAAUUUAUAGAAUGUGACGACCCAGUGGAUCAUGUUGGAAAUGCAACUGCAUCCCAGGAACUCGGUUAUGGUUGUCUCAAGUUUGGUGGUCAGGCCUACAGUGACGUGGAACACACUUCAGUCCAGUGCCGGGCCCUAGAUGGGAUUGAAUGUGCCAGUCCUAGGACUUUCCUACGAGAGAAUAAACCUUGUAUAAAAUAUACUGGACACUACUUCAUAACCACUUUACUGUACUCUUUCUUCCUGGGAUGUUUUGGAGUGGAUCGUUUCUGUCUGGGACACACUGGCACAGCAGUAGGGAAGCUGUUGACACUUGGGGGACUUGGGAUUUGGUGGUUUGUUGACCUUAUUUUGCUUAUUACUGGAGGGCUGAUGCCAAGUGAUGGCAGCAAUUGGUGCACUGUUUACUAAAAAGAGCAACUGUCAUGGCCCAGAGAGGCACGUCUUCUGAAUUCAUCUCUCCAGGCUCAAAACUCUUCCUUGAUGCCAGACCUGACCAUUACUUUCCCUCUUUGGAGGGAAUGGGUUUGGCUAGGAAGGUUUCUCUGGACUCCGGGUUUUCAACCCAAAUUUUACCUUGCAGACUAGAAAUGACAAACCAACAGUGUUUGGGAAUCAAGUGUGUACCUUUCCUCAUGUACAAAAUAUAAAGGAUAGUGACUAACUUAUAAGCUGCAGAGGGGUUUGCGUGCUCUUUAUUUCUGUACAUUGCUGUAUCUUUAAUACUUUGGAGCAAGUGGACCCAACAAGAUGAGCAAAUGAACCUUGUGCCUUUUGUGACCCUAAAUCUUCAUGCAGAAGAGAUCUGAAGCUGAACCGUGAAAAUCUUCAGCAGAAGUAAAAUGGCUAUGGAUUUUAAUACACACUGAAAUUCUGACUUUCUUAAUUUAAAUUGCAGAAUAAAUUUUGCCAACCUGGAA